CCGCCCUGCACAGCCCCGGGGAUGAGCAGCCGCCCCCGCCGCAGGGCCUCCGGCCUCCGCGCCGCUCAGCCUCCCAGGUUGCUGCCUCUCGGUGCAGAACCGUACGUAUGGCCCUCGUUUGCCGGGAGACCCGAGGACCCGCAUCUUAACCGGUCUCUGAAAGAAGAUGAACUUGGCUGAGAUUUGUGACAAUGCAAAGAAAGGAAGGGAAUAUGCCCUUCUUGGAAACUAUGACUCCUCUAUGGUGUACUACCAGGGAGUGCUUCAGCAGAUUCAGAGACACUGCCAGUCCGUCAGGGACCCUGCCAUCAAGGGCAAGUGGCAGCAGGUUCGGCAGGAAUUAUUGGAAGAAUAUGAACAAGUUAAAAGUAUCGUCAGCACCUUAGAAAGUUUUAAAAUCGACAAGCCCCCAGAUUUCCCUGUGUCCUGUCCAGAUGAGCCAUUUCGAGAUCCUGCUGUGUGGCCACCCCCUGUUCCUGCAGAGCACAGAGCUCCACCUCAGAUCAGGCGUCCCAAUCGAGAAGUGAGACCUCUGAGGAGAGAGAUGGUGGGAGGAGGAUCCCGGGGUCCGGUAGGCCGGGCACAUCCCAUAUCGAAGGGUGAAAAGCCCUCAGCAAGUCGGGACAAGGAGUGCAGAGCAAGAGGCAGAGACGACAAGGGAAGGAAGAAUAUGCAAGAUGGUGCAAGUGAUGGCGAAAUUCCAAAAUUUGAUGGUGCUGGGUAUGAUAAGGAUCUGGUGGAAGCCCUUGAGAGAGACAUUGUAUCCAGGAAUCCUAGCAUUCAUUGGGACGACAUAGCUGAUCUGGAGGAAGCCAAGAAGUUGCUGAGGGAAGCUGUCGUCCUUCCAAUGUGGAUGCCCGACUUUUUCAAAGGGAUCAGGAGGCCGUGGAAGGGUGUGUUGAUGGUUGGACCCCCAGGUACCGGUAAGACUAUGCUGGCGAAAGCCGUGGCCACUGAGUGUGGCACAACGUUCUUCAAUGUGUCCUCUUCAACACUGACAUCUAAAUACAGAGGUGAAUCUGAGAAGUUGGUUCGUCUGUUGUUUGAAAUGGCCAGGUUUUAUGCUCCUACCACAAUCUUCAUUGAUGAGAUAGACUCUAUCUGCAGCCGAAGAGGAACCUCUGAUGAACACGAGGCGAGUCGGCGAGUCAAGGCUGAACUUCUCAUUCAGAUGGAUGGAGUCGGAGGAGCUUUAGAAAAUGACGACCCUUCCAAAAUGGUUAUGGUGCUGGCUGCUACUAAUUUCCCAUGGGACAUCGAUGAAGCUUUGCGAAGGAGAUUAGAAAAAAGGAUAUAUAUCCCUCUUCCGACAGGUUCUCUGGCGCGGCUUGCGGGGAGGGGUCGCCCGGUCCGCCCCGCCCCGCCCUCCCGGGCGCGCCGAGUCCAGGGGCGCUCCGAGGCAGCUGGGCAGCUGCCCGCUGGCCGUUUCUCCCCGGCGUGCCGGCUUCUGUCGGCCGCUGGGCUCCUGGUGCCCGCGCCGGCCCGGCGGGGGAGGCGGGAGCCAGGCGCCCGGGCGCCCGGAGGGCCGGAGGGUGGGACGCGCCUUUCGCUCCUCGGCCUCGGCCUAGGAGGAGCUCUGAGUUGGCCCGCUCCGGCCCACGGGCGGGGCUGGCUUGCGGGCCGCGGGGAAAGCGGCCUUGCGCCGCGCUGCGCUGCGGGGCGUGGCUUGCUCCGGCUUUCCUGGCUCCUCGCAAAGGCUGCCCCGAGCCGCGUGUUGCCGGGAAGUCGCUUCCAGGGACUCUCCGGGAAGUCUGGGCUAGCGCUGCCCUUGGCCUGCCACGUGCGGUCGGCCGCCCGUGUCAUUGCCCCCGGGGGCGCCGUGCCUUUUCUCCUCUGGCGGCUUUUUUAA